ACGGGCGCCCGCCCCGAAGCGACUUUCGGUCCCCGACGCGCCCCGCCCGACCCCUAGGAUGAAGAGGGCGUCUGCUGGAGGAAGCCAGCUGCUGGCAUGGGUGCUGUGGCUGCAGGCCUGGCACGUGGCAGCCCCAUGCCCAGGUGCCUGUGUGUGCUACAAUGAGCCCAAGGUGACAACGAGUUGCCCCCAGCAGGGCCUGCAGGCUGUGCCUGCAGGCAUCCCAGCUGCCAGCCAGCGCGUCUUCCUGCACGGCAACCGCAUCUCACACGUGCCAGCUGCCAGCUUCCGUGCCUGCCGCAACCUCACCAUCCUGUGGCUGCACUCUAACUUGCUGGCUCAGAUUGACGCUGCUGCCUUCACCGGCUUGGCCCUCUUGGAACAGCUGGACCUCAGUGACAACGCUCAGCUCCGAGCCGUGGACCCCACCACAUUCCACGGCCUGGGCCGCCUGCACACACUGCACCUGGACCGUUGCGGCCUGCAGGAGCUGGGCCCAGGCCUGUUCCGCGGCCUGGCCGCCCUGCAGUACCUCUACCUGCAGGACAACGGGCUGCAAGCACUGCCCGACGACGCCUUCCGAGACCUGGGCAACCUGACACACCUCUUCCUGCACGGCAACCGCAUCCCCAGCGUGCCCGAGCACGCCUUCCGGGGCCUGCACAGCCUCGACCGCCUCCUGCUACACCAGAACCGUGUGGCCCAUGUGCACCCACACGCCUUCCGCGACCUCGGCCGCCUCAUGACUCUGUACCUGUUCGCCAACAACCUGUCCACGCUGCCUGCGGAGGCCCUGGCACCCCUGCGCUCUCUGCAGUACCUGCGGCUCAACGACAAUCCCUGGGUGUGCGACUGCCGGGCACGCCCACUCUGGGCCUGGCUGCAGAAGUUCCGGGGCUCUUCGUCCGAGCUGCCCUGCAGCCUGCCCCCACAUCUGGCUGGCCGUGACCUCAAGCGCCUGGCAGCAGGAGACCUAGAAGGCUGCACUGUGGCUGUCCGGCCUUCCCGUCCCAUCUGGACAGGAGGACUCACAGAUGAGGAGCUGCUGGGACUGCCCAAGUGCUGCCAGCCGGACGCUGCAGACAAGAACUCGGUACUAGAGCCUGGGAGGCCAGCAUCUGCCGGCAAUGCACUGAAGGGGCGUGUGCCGCCCGGAGACAGCCCGCCCGGCAAUGGCUCGGGCCCUCGGCACAUCAACGACUCCCCCUUUGGGACUCUUCCCAGCUCAGCUGAGCCCCCAAUGACUGCUGUGCGGCCUGAGGGCUCAGAGCCACCAGGCUUCCCCACCUCAGGCCCUCGGCGGAGGCCGGGUUGUUCCCGAAAGAACCGCACUAGAAGCCACUGUCGUCUGGGUCAGGCAGGCAGUGGGGGUGCCGGUGCAGGCGACUCAGAGAGCUCGGGCACUCUGCCCACCUUGGCCUGCAGCCUUGUGCACCUGGGCCUUGCACUGGUGCUGUGGACAGUGCUCAGGCCCUGCUGACCCCCAGGCAUGAGAGUGCUCAGCAACCAGGUGUGUGUACAUACGGGGUCUCCCUCCACACCGCCAGCCAGCCGGCCGGGUAGCAGGCACCACGGGACAGGACAGGCCCUCCCCAUUGGACACCUCCUGCCCACCGCCCCCAUCUCUACCCAUCAUGUUUACAGGGUUUGAUGGCAGCGUUUGUUCCAGAACGCUGCCUCCCACCCAGAUCAUGGUAUAUAGAGAUAUGCAUUUUAUUUUACUUGUGUAAAAAUAUCGGACAAUGUGGAAUAAAGAGCUCUUUUCUUAA